UACUCCUGCAUCCCACCUGCCCUGCCUGACUCCUGCCUCCCCCUGCCCCUGCCUCACCACUCCCCGCCCCCCCAACAUGAUGGAGUUGGGGGGUGUGUCCUAUCUGACAGAGGAGUGUCUUCUACAGUCCACGCCCACCUGCCUUGGGUGCUUCAUCGAGACCCGGGACCCCGCCCUUAUCCAUGACCCCGCCCCUAUCCAUGACCCCGCCCCUAUCCAUGACCCUGCCCCUAUCCAUGACCCCGCUCCUAUCCAUGACCCCGGCCCCACGACUCCUGUCCUUGACCGCGAGGCAGGGCUGAUAAGCCACCAGGACUUGGAGGCCACUUCCUGCCCUAUUUCUGAAAUCCGCAGCAUCAAUAUCCCAUGUCUGAGCCAGGCUGGGGAGGUCAUAGAGGUCCUCGGGGAGCCGCUCCUGCCAGACCAGCUUCUCAGCUUCUCCAUGACCAAGACCUGCCACGCCACCGCCCUCACUACCGCCCUCGUUACCGCUAACGACAAGACAGGAGACAACGGAGAGAAGACAGAGGCAGAGGAUCCCACGACCAAGAAUCUGUAUGAGGGCCUCCUAUUGGACAAGAUGAACAGAGAGGAGGGCCUCCUAUUGGACAAAGUGAAUGUGGAGGAAAUGCUGCUAUUGGACAAGGUCAAUGAGGGGGGAGUGUUGCUAUUGGACAAUGUGAAUGGGGAGAAGGUGCUGCUAUUGGACAAGGUCCCCAGGGAGGAAGUGUUGCUAUUGGACAAGAUGAACAGAGAGGAGGUCCUCUUAUUGGACAAAGUGAAAGGGGAGGAGGUGCUGCUAUCGGACAAGGUCAGCGGGGGAGAAGUGUUGCUAUUGGACAAAGUGAACAGAGAGGAGGUCCUCUUAUUGGACAAAGUGAAAGGGGAGGAGGUGCUGCUAUCGGACAAGGUCAGCGGUGAGGAGGUCCUUCUGGCCAAUACGGGUCAGGACUGGGGUUACUUCGAGUCGUUUAUCAGUGAGUCCAAGAUGGAGCUGCUGGACCUGUGUUCUAAGACCGACCUGUCAGUCAACCUGUUCUCCGAAGACGGCGUUGACAACCUGUUUGAUGAUGACGACGACGACGAGGACUCAGCUCUGAGCAGCGAAAUGUGUUCUCUAAAGAUCCGCUACGAGUCCUUCCAGGACAACAUGAGAGAGAAGACCAACGUCCUGCAGGAGGACACACAGUUCAACUUCUUCCCCUCUGUCCUGGUCAACUGUGCCAAGAGGGAGGAUGGAGGAGUAGGAGAAGGGUCCCAGGGUUCACCCCUCUCCUCCACCUCCUCUGUCAACUACUUGCUGGAGUUCAGAAACUCAGUCGAGGAGGACGCGGAGUACAGCGAUGAGUCCUCCUGCUCCUCCUCGGACACCCUGCAGGAGGUGCAACCGGGCCAGAGGAGGGGAGGAGGAGGAAGUGCGCCCAGGGGUUCCAGGAGACCCUCUGACCCUCUGGACUACGGCCUGCGCUCCAAAAGGAAGGUCCACCACAGUGACGACUACCUGUACGACGUCGACUCCAUCGACAGCCACGACAAGACCGAGAGAAUCGCCACGGAGAAGAGAGAGAAUGUUCCGGCGGAACAGAGGGCGGAGGAUGUGGACUGGUGCCCCAAGAAGAGACGGAAAUUCUCCCGGAAGGAGCUGCCAGUCAUCACCAAGUACAUAAUCAUCAACCGCUUCAAAGGACAGAGACGCAUGUCUGUGAAUCUGGGCAGGCUGGACCCUGCCGGGGACGCUGCCGUGAGCCUGGACCCUGCCGGGGAGAACCACUACUCCUCUCUUUCUCCACUGAAAGACUUCUGGCAGGAGAGGAGGAGGGAGCGGGAGGAGCAGCUGCGGCUGGCUUCCAGAGAUAAACAGCAUCUGAACAGCUGCCGCCACCACCCCUUUAGUUCCAUGCACCCCAAACGGAAAUACAAUAUAGCCAACAGGCUGUGUGUCCAGAGGAUCCCCCAGACAGGGGAGGGAUCAGCAGCAGCUCAGGACUCAGGUUCUACCCCCUCUGUCUCUGAUCAGGCUGUUACUACAGAGGAGGGGGGAGGGGGAAGAGCACCGUUAGAACCACAGGACAUCUCACACACCGGAACAGCCAGGAGAAGCCGCACCCAGGAGAGAGAGGAGAGGGAUGGGAGGAGGACAGGAGGAGGGAAAACAGGGAGGAUAAGGAAAUUCAAGAGCCAAGCCAGGCUGAGCAGUAACAAGACAAUGAAAGAGGGAGGAGCAGGUAGAAGAGCGGAGGGGGAGAGCGUGAUGAAUGGAAUGGCGGAUGCCUGUACUGCUGCUGAUGCUGGGGUGUUAACCAACCAGGAGCCUGCUGGCAGCGUACGAGUGGCAGACAUCAGCUCUAACACACCCAGCCCCCCUUUCUCCUCCCUGGAUCCCACCAACCAGCAGACAUUCCCCUUCACCUCCUCCUCCUGCGCCUCUGUCCUCAUCUCUUCUGACCAAGCUGUACGUUCUGGGGAGAGGGAGGAAGAGGUGUCAGUGAUCCCAGGGGGGUACCUGCAGACCCUACUAGAUUCCUCAGACUCCUCCAGGAGGGUAGGUAUCACCUACUACCCCCAGCAUCCCCCCACGCAGAACUAUCCCCCAGGUCUCUCUCUAGAGGAGAAACAGCCCCCCAGGCAGAACUAUCCCCCUGGUCUCUCUCUAGAGGAGAAACAGCCCCCCAGGCAGAACUAUCCCCCAGGUCUCUCUCUAGAGGAGAAACAGCCCCCCACGCAGAACUAUCCCCCAGGUCUCUCUCUAGAGGAGAAACAGCCCCCCAGGCAGAACUAUCCCCCUGGUCUCUCUCUAGAGGAGAAACAGCCCCCCAGGCAGAACUAUCCCCCAGGUCUCUCUCUAGAGGAGAAACAGCCCCCCAGGCAGAACUAUCCCCCAGGUCUCUCUCUAGAGGAGAAACAGCCCCCCAGGCAGAACUAUCCCCCAGGUCUCUCUCUAGAGGAGAAACAGCCCCCCAGGCAGAACUAUCCCCCUGGUCUCUCUCUAGAGGAGAAACAGCCCCCCAGGCAGAACUAUCCCCCAGGUCUCUCUCUAGAGGAGAAACAGCCCCCCACGCAGAACUAUCCCCCAGGUCUCUCUCUAGAGGAGAAACAGCCCCCCAGGCAGAACUAUCCCCCGGGUCUCUCUCUAGAGGAGAAACAGCCCCCCAGGCAGAACUAUCCCCCUGGUCUCUCUCUAGAGGAGAAACAGCCCCCCAGGCAGAACUAUCCCCCGGGUCUCUCUCUAGAGGAGAAACCGUUUUCCUCCCUGCAGCUAGUCCAGAGCUGUGUCCUCUCCCCUCCCUCCGAGUCAGAGCUCCAACAGUCCCCCCAAAACUGUCCCAGCCUCCCCCCCUCCAUGUGGAACCACCAGCCCCAUCUCUGCCCCAGCUACCCCCACAGCCAGGGGGGCUUUGGCCCCGACACCACUCUCCUUUCCAGCGGGUUCCUGCCCUUGACGGACGGCCUGCCUGGGUCGGGGUCUGGGUCGGACUACAGCCAGCAGGGAUCAGAGACUGACAGACUGCUGUACGAGAAGAGUUACCUUGUGGAGGGGGACGGGAUGGGGCUGCAGGAGCUGCAGGUGUGUCAGCCAGGUGUCUGUCUGGGGCAGAUGCAGUACCAGCGAGGCUCUCUCUGCUCAGACCAUGGAUGUCUGAUCAGCUAUGACUCUGUGGGCUCCUUGUCUGCCUGCUCCUCCAACUACAGCUCUCAGAGCUUUGGGGAACAGCGUGAGGGAGGAGGGGAGAUGGAGGAGAGGAGAGACAGCUACCUGCAGCACUGCAGCCCCACGGUGUUGUUCCAACAGAGCCUGGAGACCAUGGGUCAGCCCAUCACCCCCCUCAGAGAGUCCUCAGACCUCCUCGACAUUUCAAACUUCACCCCCGACAAGUUCAGACACUCCUCCCUGUCCGAGCUGUCGCCCCCGGAGACCCCCAACCUCUCCCCCCAGGUGACGGGGUGGGAGAUGAGGACAGGAGGCAAAGCCCCGGAGUACCAGGAUCAUGUGACAGGAUGUGACAUCAGCAGGGAGGCGAAGUGGAACUGUGACAUCAUGCAGCAGGCGGAGCAGCACGGGGUGGAGGGGCGGCCCUCAUUCAACGGAGAGGGGGAGGGGGGGAAGAACACCCGCUCUAAGAGGAAAGCAGGUUAUAAACAGGCUGCAGCGGCAGCAGGAGGACAGCAGGGGCCUAAGAGGGGCCGGGCCCCUAGAGCAUCCAAGACAGAGAAGGUGAAGAUGCCUAGACAGAGCCGCUCUUCUAAGAAGAUCAAAGCCAUGCUGGAGGGAAAGGCUGCCAAGGGCCAGGCGCAGGCGGGGGGGAACCUUCAGCCCAACAGCCACGGUAGCACUGGGGACUGGUCUGGUAGCAGCACCGGGCCUCGGGGCUGGUCGGAGGGGAACGCCAGCCAGGGGGAAGGGGAGGAGCAGCAGGAGUUUGAGGAGCCAUCCAACAUCCUGUCCAACAUUGUGUCCGGCAUGGCGGAGGUCCAGAGGGUCAUGAUGGAGUCCAUGGAGCCUCAGUGGGACCCGCUGGAGGGCGACCUGCCGCCCGACACCAACAGCCUCAACAUGAAGACCCUCCACAUCCUCCAGGGGAGGGGGGGCAAGAAGGGAGCAGGCUCCGUGGGGGUCGGACGGGGCAGGAAGGCCAGGGGCAAGGUGGGGAAGAACCAGGCCAAGUUUAACACCUCCCACCCCAUCUUCCCCCAGCUCGCUCUGGGCUGCAACAUGUUCGACAAACCCAACUCUAUUAGCCCAGGCCCCACGCACAAAAAACUGUACCGUCACAAGACCAGCGCCAAGUUCCCAAACAUGGAGACUGUGAAAGGCAAGCGAGGGAGAGCGGAGAGGAACCCAGACAAGGACUUGGCCCUCAUGGUCUCUUUUGAGAAACUGAGGUAAUAUUUUGUUAUCUGAUGCUGUUGCCCUCCCUACCACCCUCCCCCCCCCCCCCCCCCCUAUCUCCGUCCACAACCUGCUCAGCCCCCCUUCCUCCCCCUAUCUCCCCUCACAACCUGCUCACCUCCCCUUCCUCCUCCCACCCCCAUAUCUCCCCUCACUACCUACUCAGCUCCCCUUCCUCCCCCCACUCCCAUAUCUCCCCUCACUACCUGCUCAGCCCCCCUUCC